CUUAGUAUUACCUGCAAAAAAUCUUUUCAUUGUUUUGAAUGGCUUCAUGUGUCCUGGGUACAUUAUUACCCCUUUCUGUCCCGACUCAAUCCUAGAAAGUGUAGGAUCUGUUGUACUUCUAGUAUUUGCUAUAUCAUGCUUAAGGACUAGAUUUUGUAAGUGCCUCCCUCGUUAAGUCUCACUUUGGCUGCUUGAGGAUGUGACUAGUAAAAGGAUUCACUUUUCUCAUUUGCAAAUGUCCAGUAUGUGUUCUAGUAUUACAGUGACAAACCUUCUGAUCUCAGCUAGAUUAAGUUCUUAUGUAAGAAUUUAUGAUCAGUUGUGCUUUGCAAGUUGGAAUAUUGAUGUUUUUAUUGUAUUUUUGAAGUUAAAUUCUGACCUUAUCUAGAUUAAGUUCUUACAUGAGAAUUUAAAUCAGUUGUGCUUUGGAAGUUGGAAUAUUGCUGUUUUUAUUGUAUUUUUUAAGUUAAAAUUUAUAUGUUUCUGGAGAACAAAUCUGAAAUUUCUGUAGCUUAUCUUAGUUUAUAAUUAUAGAUUUACAGAGGUAUCAGCUGCUUAAAUUGCACUCCUAUUUUCUUUGGAAUCUAGUGCUAGUAUAUGAGUUCAGUUUGUAACGCGGUCCAAAUUUUCUUUUCUAAUUCUAUUUUGAGUCAGUUCUUUAGGAUAUAACUGUAGGUACUAAUUCUAGCACUUGACUAACCCAUUCAUGUUAAAUAUGUUCUUUAUCAGUUUUAUGUCACUUAAAUCUCAAGAGAGUUUCUCAAUUUUGUGAUGGUGCUUUAUUAAGUAUCUUGUAGCCUGUAUGAGCUGUUUUCAACUUUCAAUAGUUCAGUGUUGGCAUGAAUUUAGGUGGAUGGCAUUCAUAUGUUGCAACCAGAGGGUGGUUUGUUAAUCACAGUGCUCAAUCAAAAAAAUUUGGGAUCUGCCUUGAAUAUAGACGAACACAUCCAGAAGUCACAGUUCUUGAUCCUCCUGAUGCUAUACAACAUUUACACAAUCGCCAAUCAAUGCUACAAUGUGUUGCAGAUAUGAAUUUAUCUGACUCCUAUGGAAAUGUUGGCGUUCCCAGGCAAUUGGUCAUUAAAAGAGACGCAUCAUGCAUUCCUGAUGCUGUAGCCAAAGCUGGAUUGACACUGCCACUUGUUGCAAAACCAUUGGUUGCUGAUGGAAGUGCAAAGUCUCACGAAUUAUCACUUGCUUAUGAUCAAUACUCUCUCCGGAUACUUGAACCUCCACUUGUUCUUCAGGAGUUUGUUAACCAUGGAGGUGUUCUCUUCAAGGUAUAUAUUGUUGGAGAAGCCAUAAAAGUAGUCAGGCGUUUCUCUUUACCUGAUGUAACUAAAAGAGAGCUCUCAAAAAAUGCCGGUGUUUUCCGGUUUCCACGUGUUUCCUGUGCUGCAGCUUCUGCAGAUGAUGCAGAUUUGGACCCUAGUGUGGCUGAGCUUCCUCCUCGCCCUUUACUUGAAAGACUAGCCAAAGAACUUCGUCGAAGACUGGGUCUUCGGCUUUUUAACUUAGAUAUCAUCCGGGAGCAUGGAACCAGGGAUCAUUUCUAUGUCAUUGACAUCAACUACUUUCCUGGGUAUGGGAAAAUGCCUGGGUAUGAACAUAUAUUUACAGACUUUCUCUUGAGCCUGGUGCAGAGUCGAUACAAGAAAAGAUCAUGCUAGUAACUUUCUGAAAACCUUAAGGAAUCAGGAUGUAAAAAGACGGCAUGCUACUCCACUCUCCAAAGCAUCAGAUUGUCUCAAUAAUCAUAUGCAACACGAGGUCUCGUGCUUGUUUCGUUACCUUGUAUGGCAUCGUGUAAAUCCUGCUAGCAGCUGGAAGAGGGUGCAUUUCAAAGUGCGAAAGAUCCCAACCUCCAAAUUCUGUAAUUACAUCGGGCUUAGUAGGAUUGUCCCUACUAAGUAGCUUAUAAUGUAAACGGCUCUCUGCGAAUUCACGUGUGCUCAAUUUUUUUGUUCUACUUUGUAAUUACCCUUUCGCUGGUACAUGUAACAUGGUGAUAGGAGAGCACUUGGUACAAUCACAUCUGAUGUUUCUUGAUA